AUGGCGUUCUCGGCUUUAUACUUCCUUCCGCUCCUGUCUAUCCUUGCUUUGGAUGCGAUUUAUGGUUUUGGCUAUCGGAAUGGCUUCCUCGAGCUCAUGGCUAGUGACUAUCGAGCUCGUAGGCUGUCCGAGACCACCGAACCGCUCCAGGGUAAUAUGACGCAUACGGGGUUCGAUGAACUACUCGGCAAUCUGAUCGUGUUCUACUGGCCGGUGAUCAACGGGAACCAUCCCGCUCUCAGCCUUCAGGCGUUCUACUUCUCUGGCCCAAUUGUAGCCGCAUGGACGAUAAUACAGGUCGAAUCAUGGCGGGAUUCGUCUCGUGCGAGAUGGCUACUUUCCCCCACGUUUUGGGCCCUACUCUCUCAAGUCAUUGCAAUCGGCGCCAUUGUACCUCUGUGGUGUACUAUCCACCUGUGGUUGCACCCGGCACCACGGACUCUCUCAGCCUCCGGCGCGCACGCCGUGAAACUGCUGCCGGUUUGUAUGAUUCUGGGUUUCGGGGUUCCCACUUCGGCCAUGAUCUUGCCCGAACGGUGGCACUCGCAAAUAUUCACUAAACAGACAGCUAUUGCUGUAUGGCAGCUCUGGCCUCUGUACGUGUCAGGUCUCCACCUGGUUCUGCGCUCGACAACAAGCGAAGGCACCUCGUCACGCCAAGCAUCUCGGCAUGCAUACAUAUUUGCAUUUGUUAUCGCCGCGAUAUCUCAUCUCGUUAGUUGGACUUUAGCUCUCGGGCUCAUCCCGGCGAAUCUCUUAGCAGAUAUCUCGCCGUGGGGGCCCAACGGUCAUGAAGUGCAGGUGGCGUCCAUGGCCGAAGGCGCGCUAUGGUUUUUGCAGUGGGACCACUUGACAGGGAUGAGUGGCCUCUUGCUCUGGGCAUUGCAUAUGCACUUGCAAGGGCCAGGGAAAGGAAGCGUUCGGACUGGUUGCUGGCUAGCGCUGAAAAUUGGAGCUCUUUGUUUGGUUUCAGGCCCCUGUGGCGCGACGAUCGGACUCCUGAUGCAACUAUCCGUCGGGUGA